AUGGCGCGCCUGCGCUCUGCGGCACGGUUGCCCUUCAUAAUUAUGGCGGCGGGGAACGGCGCGCCUGCGCUCUUUGGGACGGACAAUCACAGCACCAGAGAACGGUGUGCCUACGUUCUGAGUUACGUGAACUUGCCCUUCACAAUCCUGGUGCUGGGGAAUAGUGCACUACCGAUCUACAAGAUAGGGUUAGGGCGGGGCUUAUCUGGGUCUGGAAGAGAGAAAAGGGCUGUCGGCCCCAGGACAGGCGGUCAUGUGACUGGGAAGAUGGCCGCCUUUCCCUGGCACCCCCGGAACAGGAACUACAAGGCUGAAUUCGCAUCAUGCCGGCUGGAGGCGGUGCCCUUGGAGUUCGGGGACUAUCACCCCCUGAAGCCCAUCACGGUCACGGAGUCAAAGACGAAGAAGGGGAACCGGAAAGGCAGCACGUCGUCGACGUCCUCCUCGUCCUCCAGCUCCGUGGUGGACCCUCUGAGCAGCGUCCUGGACGGGACCGACCCCCUCUCCAUGUUCGCGGCCACUGCUGACCCCGCGGCCACGGCGGCUGCCACGGACGGUCCCAGGAAGAAGCGUGACAGGGACGAUACCUCGGUGGUCGGGCCAGAUUUCGAGCCGUGGGCCAGCAAGCGGGGCGAGAUCCUGGUGCGGUACACGACCACGGAGAAGCUCUCCAUCAAUCUGUUUAUGGGAUCUGAAAAAGGCAGAGCCGGGGCCGUAGCAUCGGCAGCGUCGGAGAAGGUUCGCACCAGGCUGGAGGAGCUGGACGACUUCGAGGAGGGUUCUCAGAAAGAUCUGCCGAUCCUGACUCAGCAGGAUUACAUGACCCGCGUCGUCGAGGAGCUCCAGUCGCUGAAGGACGCCUGGGCCUCGGACCAGAAAGUGAAGGCUCUGAAAAUCGUCAUCCAGUGUUCAAAGCUUCUUUCGGAUACGAGCGUUAUUCAGUUCUACCCGAGCAAAUUUGUCCUCAUCACUGACAUACUCGAUACGUUCGGGAAGCUGGUGUACGAGCGCAUCUUCUCCAUGUGUGUGGAUCACCGCAGCGCGUUGCCAGAUCACUUCUCUCCAGAGAAUGUAAAUGACACAGCCAAAGAAACGUGCUUAAAUUGGUUUUUCAAGAUUGCUUCCAUCAGGGAACUCAUUCCAAGAUUUUACGUGGAAGCGUCCAUCCUGAAGUGUAACAAGUUCCUCUCCAAAACGGGGAUUUCCGAGUGUCUGCCCCGCCUGACCUGCAUGGUCCGAGGGAUCGGAGAUCCGCUGGUGGCCGUGUACGCAAGGGCCUACCUGUGCCGGGUGGGAAUGGAAGUGGCUCCACAUCUCAAGGAAAGCCUGAAUAAGAACUUUUUUGACUUCCUUCUUACAUUCAAACAGAUCCACGGGGAUACAGUCCAGAACCAGCUGGUGGUCCAGGGAGUGGAGCUUCCGUCCUACCUGCCCCUGUACUCGCCCGCCAUGGACUGGAUCUUCCAGUGCAUCUCCUACCACGCCCCCGAGACUCUGCUAACCGAGAUGAUGGAGCGAUGCAAGAAACUUGGAAACAAUGCCUUGCUCCUGAAUUCUGUGAUGUCAGCUUUCCGGGCCGAGUUCGUCGCCACGAGGUCCAUGGAUUUCAUUGGCAUGAUUAAGGAGUGCGACGAGUCCGGUUUCCCCAAGCAUCUCCUUUUCCGCUCGCUGGGGUUAAACCUGGCCUUGGCCGAUCCUCCCGAGGGUGAUCGACUUCCGAUUCUCAGUGAAGCUUGGAAAGUGAUCACCAAAUUGAAGAAUCCACAGGAUUACAUUAACUGUGCCGAAGUGUGGGUCGAGUACACCUGCAAACAUUUCACGAAACGCGAGGUCAACACCGUGCUGGCUGACGUCAUCAAGCACAUGACUCCGGACCGCGCGUUCGAGGACUCGUACCCGCAGCUUCAGUCAAUAAUUAAGAAAGUGAUCGCCCACUUCCAUGAUUUCUCAGUUCUUUUCUCGGUGGAAAAAUUUCUACCGUUUCUGGACAUGUUCCAAAAAGAGAGUGUGCGGGUGGAGGUUUGCAAAUGCAUCAUGGACGUUUUUAUCAAGCAUCAGCAAGAGCCCACCAAGGACCCCGUCAUUCUGAACGCCCUUUUGCACGUUUGCAAGACCAUGCACGACUCUGUUAAUGCGCUCACUCUCGAGGACGAGAAGAGAAUGCUGGCAUGUUUGAUUAAUGGAUUUAUAAAAAUGGUUUCCUUUGGCCGUGAUUUUGAACAACAGCUGAGUUUUUAUGUCGAGGCCAGGUCGCUGUUCUGCAAUCUGGAGCCUGUCCUCGUGCAGUUGAUUCACAGUGUGAACCGGUUGGCAAUGGAAACGAGGAAAGCGAUGAAGGGGAACCAUUCCAGAAAGACAGCCGCGUUCGUCCGGGCCUGUGUCGCCUACUGCUUCAUCACCAUUCCCUCCCUGGCGGGCAUCUUCACGCGCCUCAACCUCUACCUGCAUUCUGGUCAGGUGGCCUUGGCCAACCAGUGCCUCUCCCAAGGUACAGAAGCUGUCCCGGAGAAGGUACUCAAAAAUGUCAUCCAUUCAACAUUUACCGAGCGCCUACCACGUGUCCAGCACUGUCCUAGGAAUCGGAGACGGGGCACCAUUCAGAGUGUUCCCUGGGCAGUCCUGGAGGUGUGUUAUUGGCAGACACGACAGGAUCACCCUGAACACGGGGUCCUGUUCCUUGUUCGAGAGCUUCUCAACGUGAUCCAGGACUACACCUGGGAGGACAACAGCGACGAUAAGAUCCGCAUCUACACCUGCGUGCUGCACCUCCUGUCCGCCAUGAGCCAGGAGACCUACCUGUACCACGUAGACAAAGUCGACUCCAAUGACAGCCUCUACGGGGGAGACUCCAAGUUUCUGGCUGAAAACAACAGGCUGUGUGAGACAGUGAUGGCGCAGGUCCUGGAGCAUCUGAAGACGCUGGCCAAGGACGAGGCCCUGAAGCGCCAGAGCUUGCUGGGCCUGUCCUUCUUCAACAGCAUCUUGGCCCACGGGGACCUGCGCAACAACAGACUCAAUCAGCUGUCCGUCAGCCUGUGGCACCUGGCGCAGAGGCAUGGCUGUGCGGACACAAGGACCAUGGUGAAAACUCUGGAAUACAUCAAGAAGCAAAGCAAACAAACAGAUAUGGGUCAUCUGACGGAGCUGGCCCUCAGGCUCCCUCUGCAAACAAGAACCUGACCUUGGGGCCCAGCCCCAAAAGGCCUGCCUUUUAUUUUUAUACAUAGUCAACUGGUUUAAGCUUCGGCCUCUACCCAGAGUAUUCUGACAAUGAAAAAGUGGGAAUUGUCAGCAUAAACAUCCAGCCUUGUUCACUGAGCAGCAGAAUGCAAGUAACAUCUUUCUGGUAGGUGUCUUUUUUUAAUUGGAAAAAGAACCCUGAAAAGCAGUCCAUUUUUAAAAAGCCACUGUUUCUCUAAUUUGACCGUCUCAAGUCUAAUUAAAUGUUACCUAAACCACCUUAGAGCAGAUGGCUGAAUUCAUUCCUUUUUCUAUUAAAAAGCAGCUCUUGAUUGGACUUAGUAUACUGUAACAGAAUAAACCACCUGAAGGAA